CCCAUUAGAUAUUGACUUUUAAUUUCCCUCGAAUGCGUAAAACGGCGUCGCGUCACCUUUCCCCCUCCCUUUAAACAUCGCCGUUUUUCAUUGAUUUGCGCUCGCACUUUCGUUUUCCCCUCCGUCAGUGUCCGGAAUAUAAGAGAAACCGGAACUAACUACAUGCGUCGCGGCGUGACAACAUAUAUCAGCGGAAAUCUGUGGGAAUCGAACCUCAUUGAAGCGAAAAAAUGAAGAAAGCAUUCCACGUAACAUUAGCAAUUCUGUUGGUUUCGCUUACUUGUUACUCGCCGGUGUGCGUUUACUCGGAAAAGCUCCUCGUGAACAUGACUCUGGUUCGAAAUGCUUCAUCCUAUGGUGCUUUUUGCUUGGACGGGAGUUUGCCCGCGUACCAUCUCGACAGAGGAUUCGGCGCUGGAGCACACAACUGGCUUUUACUGUUCGAGGGAGGUGGUUGGUGUAAUGAUAUUCAAUCAUGCUUGGAGAGAUCGAAGACGAGCCGUGGAUCAACGCGUCUUAUGGGCAAGAAGGUGGGUUUCUCUGGAAUCAUGAGUAAUAAUGCCUCUCUUAACCCAGAUUUUUACAACUGGAACCGUGUGAGACUUAGUUAUUGUGAUGGAGCUUCAUUUGCUGGAGAUAGCAAGUUUGACAAUGGGACAUCAUUACUUUAUUUCAGAGGGCAAAAGAUUUGGGAAGCUAUCGUUCAUGAUCUUCUGCCCAAAGGCUUAGCAAGGGCACGCAAGGCUUUGCUGUCAGGUUGUUCUGCUGGGGGUUUGGCGACCUUUUUGCAUUGUGAAAGUUUCGCCAGUUUUUUACCCAAGAAUGCAAGCGUCAAAUGCUCAAGUGAUGCUGGAUUUUUUCUAAAUACGAGAGACAUAAGCUUGAACUUAACUAUGAUGUCCUUCUUUGAAAAAGUUGUCACUCUACAGGGGGUAGAGAAAAAUCUAAAUCCAAAUUGUACCAGUGCUCUUGAAGAUCCAACUAUGUGCUUCUUCCCACAGUACAUCUUGAGACAUAUUACAGUACCAUUUUUUGUCCUGAAUUCAGCUUAUGAUGUCUUCCAAUUCCAUCAUGCACUUGUGCCCCCUUCAGCUGAUCCGCAUGGAUACUGGAGGCACUGCAAGUUUGAUCCAGAAGCAUGUAAUGCAAGCCAGAUCAAUGCAUUGCAAGGUUUCAGGGAUGACAUGCUUUUAUCUUUGAGAUCAUUUUUCAAAUCGUCAAGAAGAGAUGGGAUGUUUAUAAACUCCUGCUUUGCUCAUUGCCAAAGUACAGAACAAGACACAUGGUUAGCUGAUGACUCCCCGAGAGUAAAUAAUAAGACCAUUGCAGAAGCAGUUGGUGAUUGGUACUACAGCAGAAGGGUAACUAAACUUAUUGAUUGCUCAUAUCCUUGUGACUCAACUUGUCAUAAUCUUAUACCGGAACCACCUAUUCCGGCUCGGUAGAUGACCAAGUUGGAGUUGCUGACAAAGUGAAUUUAUUCCUCAACACUCCACUAUAAAAGGUGGGAAAAUACCGAAAAGAAGAAUUACAUAGUCACUUAUAAGAUUCUUUCUCUAGGAAUUCUUACAAGCGAUAAAAUAAAGACUUUCACAUAGUUUACAUUUAAUUCAAAGAUCAACCUCACGAUUCGAUGUUGUUAUUCUUUGCCAACAAUGGGUUGGCGUAUCUUCUAGGAACCUUACAAUUGAUUUGCUAUAUGAUUUUUUUUUGAACACA